AGAACAUUGUAGUGAUUGAUGAUGACAUACCUGGUGGUGGUGGUGGAGGUUUAAUUGAGGAGGAGGAGGAGGAGACAGUGAAAGUUGUGGAAGUCAAAGAAGAAGCAGUGGUAUUGGUUGAUGAUGAUUGUGUAAGUGGUGAAGGAGUAGUACUAGUAGGAGGAGGAGGAGGUGGUGAUUCCAUGCCAUGUUCACCACCAAUCUCAUCAGCCCCAAAACCCAUGGAGGGAUUGCAUGAAACAGGACCAUCUCCAUUUCUGAAGAAGACCUUUCACAUGGUGGAAGACCCAGAUACUGACAUCAUCAUUUCAUGGACUGCCUCUCAAAAAAGCUUUGUAGUCUGGGAUCAUCGCCAGUUCUCUACCAAUCUCUUGCCCAAAUACUUCAAGCACAACAAUUUCUCAAGCGUUAUUUGCCAACUUUACACUUAUGGUUUUAAGAAGAUUGAUUCAAACAGAUGGGAAUUUGCCAAUGAAGCGUUUCAAGAAGGGAAAAAACAUUUGUUCAAAAACAUUACUCACUUAUAUGUGCAAUUUAUUGUUUGUCUCAAUUCAGCCAAUUUCGGAAUCGAGACUGAGCUUGAAAAACUAAGGAAUGAUAGGAUGAAAAUGAAAAUGGAAAUCAUGAAACUGAAACAACAACAAGAGAAUACAGAGAGUUACUUGGCCGUGGUUAAGGAGCGAAUAGGAUACACCGAGUGUAACCAACAAGAUAUACUGAUAUUCAUGGCCAAAGCAUUCUCGAACCCGGCCUUUUUCCAUCAAUUCAUCCAUCUUAUGGGGCCGAAAAAACAUUCGGAAGUGGAAAGACUAUUCUCCGCUUCGUUGGACGAAAAAAGUAGUCCGAGUCAGGACCAAAAGAUUAAUGCGGCUCCUGGACCGAUGAGUCCGGAUUUGAGCUCUGAUAAUUAUAUCUUGUGGGAGAAACUAUUGGAGGAUGGAUUGAUUUGUGAGAAUGGAUCAGCUCAAGUUGAAGCAGAGUUGGUUCAACACCAAUCCAAGAUUGUUCUCCAAUUGGAGAAUUUGAUAGCCAAGCCACCAGAUUGGGCUUCUUAUGUGAAGGACUUGGGGGAGCAAGUGAGCUGUCUUGAAUCAAAGUAG